AUGGGGGCGACGAGGGUGGCGGAGGCGAGGCACGGGCACAGGCUCUGCGAGUCACAGAGCCACAGUGUAGCCCAAAUACCAUCACUACUGCAUAACGAGCCCCUGUUGGACUUUGCUGUUGGACCACCUAUGUGCCGCUCGCUGCGGACUAGUGCGCUGUUUCACACAGGACAAGCUGGAAGAACACUCCCGAGAUAA